GGAUAUUGGCUAAGACUAUGGAACCAGAUGUUUCAUAAACGGCUCCGUCACCUACCGCAGCCCUAAGUCGGCGUGUUUGCAGCUUUUUCAGCUCAUCCAUGGACGCCAUCUUUUUCUCGACGGUUCUGCUCGCCGAAACUCCUCGUAAAUAAUAUCACCAAGGGCCAGCUGGGCUUCAGAAAGGUUUGAUAGAUCAUCAUCGUCACCGGUGGCGGGGUUGAUGAACGAGCCUCCAAUGAUUUUGUAGAAAAGGGGUUUGACCUUUUCUAAAACGUUUCAAACGUACAUAUCCUCAUUAACGGAUGAUAUGGGCUGGAAUGAUCAGAACAGCUUAUGCCUGCUUGCUAAGGUUCUAGCUUCCGUUGGCGGGUUGGAAAGGGAGGCACAAAUUGCAUUCUCUGCACGGUUCUACAUUAUCGACCCGCGGGUGGAGCAUGUUUUGUCUAGCGAUGAGGAGUCUGACUGGAGCACUGACAGCGAAGACGGUAGUGAUGGAAGCAAUGCGGCUUCAGAUGCCGGAUCUGGGGCCAGCGGCUCAGCAACUUCCAGCGCCGGCUCCUCGGCAUCUGAGAUAGGAGAACACCAAGACGAGGAUUUCGCACCCAGUACUGACUAUAUAUGUAACGGAGAGUGUGCGGAUGACAAUAUCGAGUAUUGGGAUAAGGUUCCCGUCUCUGUGUAUGAUAUGCGCCAAACGCGAACUGUGCGAGGAGUGUUAUCAAAAACGUCAGGCACUUAAUGAGGAUUCAACUGACAAUAACCACUGGCGGUUGUGCUGCGGGGCGAAGCAUUGAUAUAUUAAAAGCCCAGUUGAAGGAUGGAAGGGAAUCAAGGAAGGUUAUAUGACCCUUGGAGACGAGAAAAUAAAGUUUACGGAUUGGUUGGAGGAGAUUCGGUCGUCAAAGUGGAAGAGAGCAUAGGAUCAGUAUUGGAUGACGGAGGAGACCUAAGGGGAUAUUUUGGGACAAUUAUCUUGGGACAAGAGUUAGAUGAGAGAGCGGAUGUUUUUCGGCCAUUCCACCCCUUCAUGAUCUAUAUGAUAAGAAUAUAUCCUUCUGUAUAUAGCCUCCUCCCAACACAACGCAGCAGCAAAAUGAAAUUGUUUCUGAG